UAUCAUCUAUCAAUUUUCAAUAUUUUCUGAUGAUUGAUGAUCGAGAUAUGGGGGAUUUUAAAGCUCCAUCCAAAUGCGAAAUCAAAAUAUCUGGCAUGACUUGCGCUUCUUGCGUCUCUAACAUCGAGUCCAAUCUCACAAAAAUUCCAGGGAUAGAAAGAGUGUCCGUCGCACUUUUAACCGGCAAGGCAGUUAUUCAAUAUCAAUCAACUAUCAUAUCACCUCCACAAAUAAUCGAUUCGAUCCUAGACAUGGGUUUCGGAGCUCAACUCGCUGGGAAUGAUUUGUCUCUUCUCAAUAGUGAUAACGUUGAUCGUCAAAAAAUUUGCAAGCUGCAAUUGCACAUCGCGGGUAUGACCUGCUCAUCCUGCGUAAAUCAAAUAGAGACGCUGGCCAAGAAAAUGAAGGGUGUCCAGGAAGCUAGCGUAGCUCUCAGCACUAAUAAAGGACUUUUCACGUAUGAUUCCGAUAAAGUGAAACCUAAGACUAUAAUGGAGGGCUUAGAGGAUGCUGGCUGGAAUGUUCGUCUCAUAGAGGAUUCAUCUAGUAGUAUUAGCAAUAACGUCAAUCAGAAUCUAUUGGUUGCCUCUUCGAAAAAUAAAACAUAUUCGUCAAACAAUUAUAGAACCGGUAACGAUUAUUCAAACGAUUAUCACGUGAGAAGAAAACCAGAUGAUAUGAAAAAUAAUGACAAAUUAGACGAUAUAAAUUUGAUCGAAACCAAAAAAUGGCGUUCAUCGUUCCUAGUAGCUAUGAUGUUUGGUUUGCCGGUCAUAGUCGUAAUGAUGUACGGCAUGAUUAAAAACGACAGCCACCAUGCCCCCAAAAAUUCGGAAAGUAAACAUCGGCCGAUAGUAGUUCUGCCUGGUCUGAGUCUAGAGAAUUUGAUCCUCUUCUUGCUUUGUACACCCGUGCAAAUAUACGGGGCUCAAUACUUUUACGUUCAAGCUUACAGAGCUUUCGCCAAGGGUCGUCACCAUUUAAACAUGGACACGCUGGUAGUUCUGGCUACCACGAUUGCCUAUGCUUACUCCGUCAUUGUAACUGCCGUAUCCAUGUUUUCUGCCGCUUCCGUCUCAAAUAAUUCUGUUUCCGGGUCCAGCAUUCGUUCUUCUCAUCAAUCCUCUAAUAAAAAUCAAUUCCCAGCCACAUUUUUCGACACUCCCCCCAUGUUAAUCAUAUUCGUCACUUUGGGACGUUGGCUGGAAUGUAUGGUUAAAGGGAAAACCUCGCAAGCCCUUACCAAACUCGUAUCGCUGCAACCCCUUGAAGCUAUUUUGAUGGAGUUUAGUAAAGAUCAAGACACCAUGGAAAUUCGCGAAAGUGUUAUAAGCGUAGCUACGGUCAAACGGGGAGACAUCUUGAAAGUUUUGCCUGGCCAAAAAAUUCCCGUAGAUGGCAAAGUCGUUUCAAUUCUUUCCCCUCAAACAUCGCCAACCUUAAAUAAACGGGACAACAAAACUAAGCCAAACCAAUUCGAUAAUGGGACCGUUAAAAAUUACGAUUAUUAUUCCUACGUGGACGAAUCACUCAUCACUGGGGAAUCGUUGCCCGUAUAUAAAUCCGAAGGUUCGAUAGUUAUCGGAGGUUCGAUAAAUCAAAAUGGAGUCUUAUAUGUGGAGGCUACCCACGUGGGUAAAGAUACAGCGUUAGCACAAAUCGUCAAAUUAGUCGAAGAUGCUCAAAUGUCUAAGGCCCCAAUACAAAAAUUCGCUGAUAAAGUGGCUUCAGUUUUUGUUCCAUUCGUAAUGACGGUCUCUGGGCUCACUUUGAUCGCUUGGACCUUUGUCGGCCUUUAUCCUAAAUCCUUGAACUCUCAAUCUUCCGAACAUUUCCAACAUUCUUCGUCGUCAUUCAACGUUUCCCACGAUUCCCCUAAAAUGAUCGAAAAAAAAUUGGCUUUCUGGGACGUUUUAGAGCAGGCUUUCAGAUACGCGAUCACUGUUCUAGCCAUUUCCUGCCCAUGUUCCUUAGGCCUGGCUACUCCCACGGCCGUCAUGGUGGGAACCGGGGUAGGGGCUAAGAAUGGUUUACUGUUUAAAGGAGGUGGGGAGACUAUGGAAAAGUUGGGGAGUUCUAGAGUGGCUGUAGCAGUUUUCGAUAAGACAGGGACCCUCACUGUAGGUAAACCUAAUGUUAAUAAAAUAACCAAAUUUGUUGAUGACGCUACCCUAUCCCUGAAAGACAUGCUUCUGUAUAUAGGAUAUGCUGAAAAUAACUCGGAGCAUCCUAUAGCCACCGCCCUAACGCGAUUUAUUAAAAAGACCCUCAACAUAGGAACUUUUACGGAUUCUUUAAUAGAAUGCACGAAUUUUAUGAUAACCCCUGGUUGUGGUUUGGGUUGCAAGAUAAUGUUGGGCUCAAAUAAUGAUACCUUUACUUCCACGAAAACUAUAUCCGAACUAGAAUCCAUCAUGUUGACUUCUAACGAACCGGAUAUAAUUCCUAUGAAAGAAUUAAAAGCGGAUUACAAAGACGGCAGCCCUAUAAAAUUACCAUCGGAUAUUUUGACAUACAAAAUUACUCGAGACAAAAAUAAACUCACCACUGAAAAUAAGGAUUCCAACAAUAACAAACAAACCCACUCCAAUAUAGCGAAAUCUGUGAUUAUCGGAAAUAGGGAAUGGAUGAGCAGGAAUGGAAUCUUGGUAGAUCCCGAAUGCGACAAAAUUAUGAGAGUGCACGAGGAAAACGGGGAUACUGUUGUACUCUGCGCUAUUGAUAACACUCUGGUGUGCACCCUGAGUGUGAGUGACACCAUAAAACCAGAAGCCCAUUUAGCGGUUUAUGCCCUCAAACAAGCCGGACUUCAGGUCAUUUUACUAACGGGCGACAAUAAAGUUACUGCUAAAGCUGUGGCCAAAAAACUAGGCAUACGCAAAGUGUAUGCAGAGGUUCUCCCUAAUCACAAAGCCAGAAAGAUCAAAAGGCUGCAAGAUGGGUGCGUUGGGAAGAAAUCAACACGUCAAAAAGUGAUGAUGAUUGGCGAUGGUAUUAAUGAUUCACCCGCAUUGGCUCAGGCCGAUAUUGGCAUAGCUAUAUCAAGUGGCACUGAUAUAGCCAUAGAAGCUGCGGACGUCGUUUUAAUCAGGGAUAAUCUUUUUGACGUGUAUUCGGCUUUGUUACUAUCAAAAUCCGUAGUUGCAAGAAUCAGGCUCAAUUUUUUUUUCGCGUCCAUUUACAACUUGGUAGCGAUACCCAUAGCAGCGGGCAUCCUAGAACCUUUCAUCCAUCUAUCCUUAGCACCUUGGAUGGGUGCGGCUGCCAUGGCUUUCUCGUCGGUCUCGGUAGUUCUUUCUUCUCUUAUGCUAAAAUUUUGGCGCAAACCCGAGCCAGAACCAAUAGCCAAAAGUUUAGAUUACCAAAAAAACCUUUACACCACUUAUUUGAAUGCGCUAAACGAUGACUCCGUAUCAGUUCACAGAGGCGAAGGAAUGGACGACAUUUAUUCCCCUAAAUGGACCUGGAACGAAACUUUGAGGAAAAUUGUGGAACGAAAGAGAAACGGGAAGGAUUACUUGAGAACUUUCCUCAAGCAGUUCGGGCACAUUCCAAAUAAUGAAACAUAAAACUUUAUAUGAUUAUAUAAUAAUGGCUCAUAUUUUUUUUUUAAACUUGCAUAAAUUUAUAAAGGAAAAAUAUUUUAUGGGCACUGGUUAGAUAUAUUUAAUAUUAGUUUAUUUUUCCCCAAAAAUUUAUGUGCCACAUUCAUUACCUUACUAUUACUAAAUUAAAUUAUAAAGAUUAAUUUUAAUUUUUUUUUGUCAUAUAGCGUUUUAAAUUUCAGUGGAUUAGCACCAUUUACUAAUAUUUAAAGGUGUGCUUCGACGCUCAAAUAAUGGCCCCCAUUAACCUAUAAUUACCAAAACAUAAAAUUCUUUUAUCGCUCUCGAUUUUUUCUUGGAAACGUUAAAUUUUAUUUUCCAUCUUGAUUAUAAUAGUGUAAAUAUUUUAAAGUUUAUUUUUGAUAGCGCACCUUUUGCCUCAAUUUAAGGAUUCCCCUUGUUUUAAACGAAAAU